AUGGCAACUGGGAACAGUGUAAUUGAGAAUAAGUUAGUACAGCUUAAGCUUAUAGUUGGGCGAACCAAAAAGAUUCUGGAAUCCGGAAAUCAAGAAGCAGUUGAGCGACAACGACGAGCUUUGCGAACCAUUGUUGCUGACAUAGACAAAUGUAAAAUGGAAGAAGAAGCAAGAAUGAUUGACGAGAAAAAGGAGUUGACAGAAAUUAGUGAAUGGAAUUCAAACAUUGAGGAAAAGUUAUCUGAAGCAGACAAGGACAUCCAUGACUUGAGAGAAUGGUGUGAAAGCAAGAAACGAGAAUGCGAGGAAAACCAGCGGAAGCAAGAAUUAGAUUUUGAACAUGAACUAUUUCAGACACGCCUAAAAUUCCAGAAUGAGCUACAGGCAGCCAAACUAAAGCAAGAAUGA